GGAGUCUAAAGGUGGGAAGGGAGAAGAAAGGGGAGAGGAGGAAAACGGUAAAAGGCACAUAGAACAGAAACGGGGGGAGAUCGGUGGAUGAUUUACGCUUUAAAAUUCGCAUUACAGCCACUUGAAGAGUUGCGGCGAAGAGGAACAGAACAAAAUGAUAACGCCUUACUUCCUAGAAAAUUUCUGGGGAGAAAAGAACAAUGGCUUUGAUGUGCUGUACCACAACAUGAAGCACGGGCAGAUUUCCUCCAAGGAGCUGACGGACUUCAUCAGAGAAAGGAGUGUCAUUGAAGAGGCCUACGCCAGGUCCAUGACCAAACUCGCCAAGUCAGCUGGCAACUUCUCUCAGCUGGGGACCUUUGCACCAAUGUGGGAUAUCUUCAGAAGCUCAACGGAGAAACUGGCCAGCUGUCACAUGGACCUAGUGAGGAAGCUGCAAGAGCUUAUAAAAGAAGUGCAGAGAUACGUGGAAGAACAGGCCAAAGCACACAAGAAGACAAAAGAAGAAGUGGCACCGACCCUGGAAGCCGUCCAGAGCAUCCAGUCCAUCUCUCAGUCUCUUCAGAAGUCCAAGGAGAACUACAAUGCCAAAACCGUGGAGCAGGAGCGGCUCCGCAAAGAGGGGGCCACCCAGCGAGACGUGGACAAGGCCGGAGUGAAAGCCAAAAAAGCCAUAGAGACCUACAAGUCAUACGUGGAGAAGUACGCUUCAGCCAAGUCCGACUUUGAACAGAAGAUGGCAGAAACUUCACAGAGAUUCCAGGACAUCGAGGAAAACCACGUUCUCCACAUGAAGGAGAUCAUCCGCUCAUACUCGCAGUCUGUGGAGGAAACGCACGUUCAGAUCGGAGAGGUGCACAAUGAAUUUGUGAGGAACAUCGAGAACACUUCGGAGGAGAGCUUAAUACAAAAACUGUCUGAGAGCAAAGGAACAGGCAAGGAGAGGCCAGGACCCAUCGAAUUUGAGGAAUGCAACACGGCCAUCGCAACAGAAGGUGCCAAACCCAGAAAGAGGAAAACGUUUGGCAUUCCCGGCCGCAGGAAAGACAAGGACACGGACUCGACUGAGUCGACAGAAGUCGAAACUGCUAACACUGCCAAUGGUGCUCCCCCAGGAUAUUACGGCUCCAUAGACAUCCAGAACGCUAAUGUGCCUCAAGUCGACGCCGAGGGAUUCUGCAUCAGACCAGAAGUGAACGAAAACCAUCCCAAAGACAACUCCUUCUACUCGUCCAGCGACUCCGAGGACGAAGACGAGCCCAGGAAGUUCCACGUGCAGAUCAAGCCCGUCCAGCCCAACAACGGCACGCAUCAGAACCGGGCCAACAUCGACGAGCUCAAAGCCUCCAUCGGAAACAUCAUCCUGUCGCCCUCCGCCUCGGGACAAAUGCGGAGGAACCAGUCCAGGUUUACUGGAGUAUCUACCUUAAGAUCUAAGGCUAAGGAUGACGAACUAGCAAAACCCAGAGGGUCAACGCCAUUCGAGCUGAGCAACAACGACCUUCUGUCUCUGGAUCCGCUGAACUCUGCUGCAGGAGUCGGGUCCUCCUCCUCUGUGUCGUCCACAGCAGACCUCGCUUCUGUCUUCUUUCCAAUCCCUUCAUCUCCAUCUUUUCUGAUGAAUGACUCUGAGGUCUUUCUGCCAGAGGCAGCAGUCGACACUGUGAGCCGCUUUACCCCAGUGGCAGAGCGACAGCAGUCCAAAGAUGUCUCCUCUUUCUCCUCAUCCACCACCUCUCCCUGGGAUUCCCCCGAAAACACUUCCCAAGGGCUGAGGCCUGCGCCGGUGAGGGCCCAGAGUGCCCCCAUCACCCAGCCCACCGAGCCAAUCGACCCCGUCAAAAGCCCGACUGCCGCCAGCCCCCCAAAGACCCCGAAGUCCAUUGACAGCUUCUCCUCUGUGUCCUGGUCUCAGAGCCAGUGGAUUGCUUUCGGGGAUAGGUCCGCUCCGCCUUGCCGUCACGGCUCAGGCUCUUCCGUAGCAGAGGUCCAGAAGGCUCCGGCUGGCGGCUUCGGCAGGGCGAGCCGCUUCCUGUCGGACGAGUCUGCAGAUGCUUUCUGCAAAGCAGCAGCUACGGCGGUCAGAGAGGACAGUAGCGUCUGUUUCGCUGACGUCUUCUCUGAUAGGACAGUAGCAGCAGCCGCAGCAUGCAAAGUAUUUCAUGGUAACAUGCCAGUACCAAACCGACCUACGACCCCUCUGGCGGCUGGAGCCCUCGUCCCACCACCUCGUCCUUCGUCCAGACCCAAACUCCCCACCGGAAAACUCACGGGAAUCAAUGAAAUUGUCCGGCCUUUCAGCCCACCCAAAGCAUCCAACGCCAGCCCCCCUCCGACGGCACCGCUCGCCCGGGCCGAGAGUUCUUCCUCGCUGUCUUCGAACGCCUCGCUCAGUGCCGGGAACACUCCCACCGUCGGAUCUGAACACACUUUUGCUCCUCCCCUCUCCUGCUCAGGGUCUGACCUCAACAACUUUUCUCCUCAUGUGCUUCUAAACCAAAAGGACGGUGGGUUUGUAGCCAAGCUGCCCGCCUUUGAGAAGCGGUGUGAAGCGCCAGCAGGGACGUCUCGCGGUCCGAGUCCUGUGACCCUGGCAUCCCAAGAUGCCUUGCCCAUCGCCGUGGCCUUCACGGAAACAGUUAAUGCUUACUUCAAAGGAGCUGAUCCUGCCAAGUGCAUCGUGAAGAUCACCGGCGACAUGACGCUGUCGUUCCCCAUGGGCAUCAUCAAGGUGUUCACCACCAACCCCUCCCCGGCCGUCCUCACCUUCAAGCUGAAAAACACCAGCAGGCUGGAGCAGAUCCUGCCAAACCAGCAGAUCCUAUACAGUGAUCCUUCCCAAAGCGACUCCAACUCCAAGGACUUCUGGUUCAACAUGCAAGCCCUGACGUCCUACCUCAGAAAAGCCUCCGAGCAGAAUCCGUCGGCCUCCUACUACAACGUGGAGAUCUUAAAAUACCAGGUGCUGUCCGACGGGAUCCAUUCGACUCCUCUCAACCUGGCCGUGUACUGGAAGUGUACGCCGAGCACAACAGACCUGCGGCUGGACUACCGCUACAACCCAGAGUCCAUGGACUCGCCCGGACCGCUCACCAACGUACAAGUCCUGGUUCCCGUCGACGGGGGCGUCGCCAACAUGCAGUCUCUACCCAACUCCGUAUGGAAUUCAGAGCAGAGCAAGUGUCUUUGGAAGCUGAGCGACAUCUCGGAAAAGACUGAAAAUGAAGGCGCCGGCUCUCUGCGGGCCAAGUUUGAGCUCUCGAAUGGCCCGUCGAACCCGUCCACUUUGGCGGUCCAGUUCAUGAACGAGGGCAGCACCCUGUCAGGAGUCGACAUGGACCUGCAGGGGACUGGAUACAGACUUUCGCUCAACAAGAAGAGAUUUGCCACGGGUCGCUACAUGGCAGACUGCUGAGGUGACCCCGGCGCCGUCUCAUCUCCGAUCAAAAGAAAAAUCGAAGCGUCCCGAUUCGCCGGAGCACUUAUUGCCCACGGUUUCGCGCAGGAAGCCAGAAUCUCACUACAGUAAAACAGCACUGAGUAAAGAACACUGUUUAAAGAGAAAACUAAAAGAAAAAAAGGAAACUCAGAUGAGCUUUCAGAAAAAUGUGUAGAUAUGAAGUCUAAUAAUGCUUUCCGAUCAAUUAUGUACAGAGACAAUUUAUUGAUUCGCCAUAAAUUUAUAUUGUAUUUGAAAUUUAGAGAAAAAAAAGGAAAAAAAAAAACAUGCACUAACAACUUUUCCAGAAGCUAUUUUCCCUCUUGUACUCGUUUCUAAGAGCUUAAGGAAUAUGGAAUCUUUUUCUUUCUUUUUUUGCGUGCUGAUGAGUUGAAAAGCUCUCACCGAACUGUAAAUAAUAACUCCCAAAAUCGGCUCUCCUUUUUAAACAUGUGCAAUGAAGCAAUGAAGGUCGAUUCUGUCUCCAACAGGACUCUCACAACUUGUGGCACAAACUUGGAUCUUAAAUUGUUCUCGUGCUCUCAGAAAAUGCAAAAAAAAAUAAAAAUAAAAAUAAAAAAUCCAACCUCAGUGCCUGAUCUUGUACUGUGGAACAGAAGUUAAAUAACAAAGAGAAAACUGCCUCCAUGCAUUUCCAGAUCUCCCCGGGUUUGUCCUUUGUAAAACAGAUCCUGUUGACGUUUUUUGAUGAACCUUAAGUGCUGACGUUUUCUAAAACGGGAGUCUCCAAAUCAUCUGUGAAACACUGUGGCGAAUGUUGGAGACUUAAAAACAAAAAUCGAGGGACGUUGAACCAAAUUUAACUUUGCCGCCUUGAAUAAAAAAAAAGUGCCUAAAUCGGGUUUUUAUUGGUUUUUAGUUUUCUUUUUCUACUUGUUUUGUAUUCCGCAGCACAUUUAAUGAGAAAGGCACCGACAAUGUGCCCGGUGUGGUAUUUACUCCUUUAUUUGGAUACUGAAGGGAAAAUGUCGCCUCGUUUUAGUCUUGACUGUCUUCCGGAAAUAUGUGAGUCUUCUUCGCCUUCUUUGGUUGAAAACAAAACGUUCAUUUGGUUCGUUCUCUAUCGAGUACGUGUUGUCGGGUUUUUAGCUAGUAGCAUCACCACAGGGCUAAAAAAAUACCGCGAUUUAUCUAGCGUUGUCGACGCUGUGACGCCAUGCUGCCAUUAAACCUGCCAUGGACUGAAAGUCUGUGAGCAGAAAAAAAUGUUAAAAAGUCGCCACGUUUUAAAUCUUGGUGCUUUAUUACAACCUUUUUCUAACAAAUGGUUCCUGCUUCAAAGUUCUUUUUUUUUUACUUCCUGGUGGAGAAUUUUUAACUCCUAACUUUUUGGCUGAGGUCAUCCGUGUGGUCGUCCUCAGAUUUGGUAGUAAUUCAAAGCGAGAUCGCUUUACGCUGUAGCUAUUUCACAUCUCCGACAUGAGGAAUAAUCACAAGCUCUCUUGGACUUUAUACCGAAAACCGUAACUCGUUGCGGUCCUCAGCGAUGUUUACCAAUGACUUAUCGGCAUAUCGACGAUAACUCCACCAGGCGUCUCUGUUUUAAAGCUGUAGCGCACCGUUGUCAGAUUUGAGUCGUGUUUUUAGCAAGUUUGUAAACUGAAGCGUUCACCAUUAAACUAAAGUGCUGACACUAAUCUAAAUGUGCAUUCGCAUUUUGUUGGUACAAUGUCACUUUUUUGCCACAAUUUACAAAAAAUAAAUAAAAAAUCCUAACGAAAUCGACUUAAGGCAUUCAACUUGUUUGUUUAAAUAGUAUUUUAUUUCCGCUCCACCCUGAGCAAGGCAAACACUUUUUAUUAAUGAGCCCACCCAUUCUGAAACUGUAUUGAAGAAUAAGCAAGCUGGUUCUUGCUGUCGCCACAAAACUAUAACGCAUUUUACAGAGGUCAUCUUCCAGGCCCCGCCCCCUUUCCUUCUUAUUGUUUUGUAUCGAAGAGCAAGUCGUGUCAGUGAUUGUCACGUUUUUAUCAAUAUCUCUGCCAUUUCUGUCUGUUUUAUGAUUUCUAAUUGUACCUGUAUUAAAUGUGUAAUAUAUGAAUAUAUACAAAUAUAUGAAAAUGAUGACUUUAAA